AUACACAGACACAAGCAACACACAUGUAUUUCUGUAUAUAUACACAUGUAAACCACGUUCGCUCAUUCUACACACCAGACCAUCCGCAUUCAAAUAUAUAUACAUAAAUUCAUGAUUAUGUACCCUCGUCUAUUCACAUUUGAUACACAUAAAUGAACGGAUUGUUCGUGCACCGAAUAAACAUACAUCACACACACUCUCGCGCGCACACACACACGCAUACAUACAUACAUACAUACACCCGUGUGUGUGUAUGUGCGCGUGUGUGUGUAUACAUACAUACAUAAGCACAAAGCAUGAAAUACACAAAACCUUGUUACCUUGUCAGUGUAUAUUGUGGAAUUAAUUACCCCCCACACCUCCUUAAUUAAGGAAUUUUGGAGUACCUUGUUUUGAGUUUAAUUCAAACCCCAUUUCAUAUUCAAGGAAUUUUACUUCAUCAUACUGAGGAAUAUCUUACCUUUUUGGAAUACUAUUCAAGGAAAUUAAAAGUUAUCCACUAGUUUUGCAGUUUGUGCUGUCAAUCAGGUUGUAUGGGGGCGGAGUCAAAGCAGUAAAGCCGCUGCCAGACCGAGGCUGUUACUUUAGACAUUUCUAUCAACAGCAGCAGGUACGACGACGACGACUUGAACCAGCAGAAACAAGGAUGCGCUCGACCAGGGCACCACUUCGAGCCAGUAUUCUGGUUCUAAUCACUCUCAAGCUGGUCCUUGGUACCGGGCUGUUCGAACUAGAAUUGAAAUCCUUCACGAACACAAAGGGAUUACUAAAAAGCGGCAACUGUUGCAGUAAUAAUGUGGUGGCCACCGACCAAGCUGGAGACAACUGUUCGGAGUGUUCUACCUUCUUUCGGAUAUGUCUUACGCAUUACAUGUUCAAUAUUGUCCCGGGGGGAAAGUGUUCCUUUGCCCGCAAAGAGUUACCAGUUUUGGGGAGAAAUAACAUAGAUUUCUCUAAGGAUUUACCUGGUAAUUUUACCAACCCGUUGAGGUUUUUGAUCAAUUCUUCGUGGCCGAGGUCCUUCUCGUUGAUCAUCGAAGCUUGGCAUAAAAUUCGGAAUGGACAGGCAGAUGGAAGACCCCUCCAGCAGCUGAUUAGUAGUGUACCUAUUUCAGAAUCCCUUGAUGUUAGUUCCAAUUGGCGACCGUUCAGCUACGUUGAACAACCUUUUGAACUCAACUUCGCUUACCGUUUUAUUUGCAAUAAGUACUAUUAUGGGUUGCAGUGUAACAAGGUAUGCCGGGCGCGGGACGAUAAAUUUGGACAUUACAAUUGUACCAAAGAGGGCCAGGCGAGAUGUUUACCAGGAUGGAAAGGAGUUUACUGUGACCAACCAAUAUGUCUGGCUGGUUGCCAUCUACAGCAAGGUUUCUGUGACCAACCUAAUAAAUGCAAGUGUCGAGCAGGUUGGACUGGGAAGUACUGUAAUGAGUGUGCUGUGCACCCGAAUUGCCACAAAGGCACUUGUCAAGCACCUUGGGACUGUAAUUGCGAAGAAGGUUGGGGUGGGCUAUUUUGCAAUGAAGAUCUCAACUAUUGCACCCAUCACAGUCCUUGCAAGAACCAAGGGACCUGCACUAACACAGGGCAAGGGAGCUAUACGUGUAAUUGUCCGGAGGGCUUCAAUGGCACCAACUGUGAAAUUAAAGUUGACGAUUGUCGAUACCAAUCCUGUUUAAAUUCUGGAACAUGUGAGCAAACUGGUGCAGAGUUCCGAUGCCAAUGUCAAGAUGGUUAUGGCGGGAAGCACUGUGAGAUAAAAGCCAAUAAUUGUUCUGGUCAUCCCUGUCAGAAUGGUGGCAGGUGUGAGAAUUUUGAUGAUGGGUAUCUAUGUGAAUGCCAACCUGGGUAUACUGGACACAACUGUGAAAUUGAAAUAAUUGAGUGUGCUUCAAAUCCAUGUCAAAAUAAAGGUCGUUGUGUUGAUCAUGUGAAUGGGUUUCAUUGUGUCUGUGAACCAGGCUACAGUGGUAAAAUUUGUGAAGUGGACGAAGACAACUGUUUAAAGCAACCCUGCCUGAAUGGAGGCACCUGUGAGGACAAGGUCAAUGAUUUUGAAUGCCACUGUAAACCAGGAUAUGUUGGCUUCAUUUGUGCACUUCAACUCAAUCAUUGCCUUAUUCAGCCUUGCAAAAACGGAGGUACAUGCACUAAUUUGAAUAACGAUUUUCGCUGUGAUUGUCCGUCGGGAUUUACAGGGAAGGAUUGUACCAUGAAUAUUAAGUGUGCCAGCAAUCCAUGUAAGAAUGGUAGCACCUGCAAUGAUCUGGGAUCAAGUUACUCAUGUAUUUGUCAAACAGGUUUUUCUGGCCUUCACUGUGAUCGCCAGGAAAGCACAAGCAUGUCUGUAUUAGAACUUGGUUUGAGCAUUUGUCUUGGAGCUGGUUUACCUCUUAUUGUGAUUAUCAUUGUUGUUAUUAUAAUGCUAUUACGGCACCAGCGCCACCAUUUUCGAGAAAACAUGCAGAAGGAAACUGAACAAAAUCGCAUCAAUAGUAAAUGCAUGGAAACUGAUAUUUUCAUGACAAAUCCUUCAGCAAGUUCAUCUGAUAAAUUUACCAAAGAACUGGAAUGUUCUAAUAGAUUUAAUUCGGAACUGUUUUACCAUGAAAAAUCUACUAACAUUCUAAGACAGAAUGUUACAGGUGAACCAUAUCACAAACCUUAUAAUAAAAAGAUGUUGACACCAAUACCAAAUAGUGUAGGGGAAUGCAAAAUUCAAGUUGAUAUAGAAAAACCAACAAACCGAGACAUUACAGAUGCUUUAUUAAAACAUGAGCAAGCACAGAGGCACUUGAAAAAUAACUUGGACUAUCAACAUGUUUCGGCUACAGAAGUCUGAAUAAUCCCCUUUUCUGUUUUUUCUUUCUCUCUCCUGCAAUAGCAACAUCAUAACAUGUUGUUCAGAAUAGCAAAACAGAUAUAAUCUAAGUGCCUUUUUAUUUAUUUUUUUUAAUUUAUUUUUUUUUUUAUUUUUCACAGAAAAGGCAUUUUUUUCUGUGGCUAUUUCUCUGAAUUGUAUUUUUGUAAGAGAUUAUUUUACACCUGUCUUCUCUGUUAGUGAACGGAGUGGAUAAGAGUUGCCUGGUGGGUGUGGAAUGCACACACACACACACAUACA